GCCGUGCCGGGAAAUGAGUUAUUCGAACCGCUCGCCUCGAGGCGCACCGGACGUCCAGAGACUCUCGUCGAAUCGAGCCAAGUCGAGUAUUUUGCAAGGUCGUCCCCCGGAUUCGGGUUGCGCCCCCGACAUGGCCAGGGACCCGGCUUCCGAACAGCUCAUCGACUACCGGAAGAACAUGAAGGGCGAUCCUCCGGUAUUGUUGACGGGAAAUGGCAAUCCGAUCGCGAACAAGAAGGCCUCCAUCACGGUGGGGCCGAGAGGCCCGGUGCUUCUUCAGGACUUCGUCUACCUGGACGAGAUGUCACACUUCAACAGGGAAAGGAUCCCAGAACGCGUGGUCCAUGCGAAAGGAGCAGGUGCAUUCGGGUACUUUGAAGUGACCCACGACAUCUCCAAGUACUGCAAGGCUAAGGUCUUCGCUGGAAUCGGGAAGAAGACGCCGAUCGCCAUCAGGUGCUCCACAGUGGGUGGUGAGAGCGGAUCUGCGGACACGGUCAGGGACCCCCGCGGCUUCGCCGUGAAGUUUUACACCGAGGAUGGGAUCUGGGACCUGGUCGGGAACAACACUCCCAUUUUCUUCAUCAAGGACCCUCUCUUCUUCCCGAGUUUCAUUCACACCCAGAAGAGAAAUCCAGCGACUCACUUGAAGGACGCCGAUAUGUUCUGGGACUUCAUAUCUCUGCGCCCGGAGACGACGCACCAGGUCAUGAUUCUGUUUUCUGAUCGAGGUAUUCCUGACGGAUAUCGUCACAUGAACGGAUAUGGUUCGCACACCUUUAAGCUCAUUAACAACCGUGAUGAGAUGGUCUAUUGUAAAUUCCAUUACAAGACCGACCAGGGUAUACAAAAUAUCCCAACGGAUCGAGCAGCCCAAUUGAGUGCCUCGGAUCCAGAUUACAGCAUCCGAGACCUGUACAAUGCCAUCGCAGUCGGGAAAUGCCCGUCGUGGAGUUUCUACAUACAAGUAAUGACCCCGAAACAAGCAGAGACUUUCAGGUGGAAUCCGUUCGACCUUACCAAGAUCUGGCCACACAAAGAGUUCCCGUUGAUCCCAGUCGGGAAGAUGGUGCUGGACAGGAACCCCGAGAACUACUUCACCGACGUCGAGCAACUGGCCUUUGAUCCGGCACAUAUGCCGCCAGGAAUCGAGCCAAGUCCUGAUAAGAUGCUGCAAGGACGACUUUUCGCCUAUGGAGACACUCAUCGACAUCGAUUGGGACCCAAUCACCUCCAAUUACCAGUCAAUUGUCCUUACAAGAUGAUCUCCACGAUGAAUUACCAGCGAGAUGGCUUCAUGGCGAUACACAACCAAGGUGGUGCUCCGAAUUACUUCCCCAACAGCUUCAGCGGCCCCUUGGAGUGUCCAGCUGUAAGAUCACCCAGCUUCCACCUGGACGGAGACGUCAACAGAUUCGACCCUGUCAACGAAGACGACUUCGGUCAGUCCACCACCUUCUGGAGAGAAGUCCUCGACGCGGAUGCCAAGACCAGGUUCGUCGACAACGUCGUGGGCAGCCUGAAGAACGCCGCCACCUUCAUCGCCGAGAGAGCCGUCAGGAACUUCACGAAGGUGGACUCGGAUCUUGGCAGAAGGUUGACAGAGGGUCUACGUAAGGCCGGCAAACCUAUUGGCACCACAAAAUCUGCCAACCUUUGAGGAGCCCCCACGAAGAUCCGCUCUUCGAGGCCGCACAGUCUCAUCUGAUCGUUUUUGUUACGCUUCGAGUUUUACUUUCACAGCUCUAAGAUAUUAUAUAUAUUUUUUUUUUUAAUUUUAUGCAGGUCCCACGUGCCUUCUUUGAUCUUAGGUUUGACAUUUCCACGCGACAUUUAUGUUAGACAAAUAUAUACGUUUUUGCAAA